UAAAAAACUUGGAAAUCAUCAAUAAAAAUUUGAAGGACACCCUUCAUCUUAAACAGGCUCUCUCAGAGGUUGUGAGAGCCAGAGAUAUCCAGACCAUGGAUGUGGUCCAAGAUGAAUUGGAUGAUGAAGUGCCGAGAGCCUUGAGUUGCGAAAACCAAGAACUGAAAGAGAAGGAAAAGUUCCUGGAAGACCGCUAUAGUGCCCUGAGUUCUCAGAAAAUAGCUAAAGAAGCAGAAUUGAACCUGCUAAUGAAGAAAGUGGAUAUGAUGGUGGAGUUCACGGAACAACAAAAACGGACUGCAGAAGAGAAGUUAGAAGAGACCAUUAAAGAUCUGAAUGAAACCAGGAAUGAGCUGUCAGCUGCUGAGGAUAAUCUGAAGGCGACUAAAGAAGAAAUGGAGAAGUAUCGACAACAAGUGGAAGACAUGCAACAUGAGCUUUCAGAGGCGGAGUUCACCUUCCAAGGCCAGGUAACCUGAGUUGUGCCCAACACACUGACCCCUUGGCGCCCCCUGCAGGUGACGGUGGUGGCCCUUAGAGCCCUGAACAUGGGCUUUUGGUGUGUUGGCUUUUUUCAGAUCGCAGUGCAGGAGAGGAAUGCUGUGGCU